AUGACUGAGUACAGCUACGACCCCAAUAAACCCGAUCUUCCCGAUGUUGUUGUGGAUUACGUGCGAGAACGUGGUGGAGUUUGGAGAUCAAAAGUGGCACAAGACCCAUCAUUGGCUGAUCUCUCGAAUGUCACCAGCAUCUCUGACAACUCAGAGCCAGGAGGUGCUAUCGCGACUCAAAAAGACCUGCGAACCGAGUCAGAACCUGUUUUCGAGCUCAUACAAGACGAUGGAACCCCAGCUGUGCCUGAUGCUGACCUGACUGUAUCAGUCGACGAUCUCAAAGGAGAAUGGCUGAUGAUUAAUGGGUCUUCUCCUGGGGAAUUUAAGGCGCAAUCGUCUACGAAUGGUCCUGGGAAAGGAGGAUGGUUCAGAUUUUUCAGUAGAACAUCUGGAACCAAGUAA